AUGCUGGACAUGGGAGAUAGGAAAGAGGUGAAAAUGAUCCCCAAGUCUUCGUUCAGCAUCAACAGCCUGGUGCCCGAGGCGGUCCAGAACGACAACCACCACGCCAGCCACGGCCACCACAACAGCCACCACCCCCCGCACCACCACCACCACCACCACCACCACCACCACCCGCCGCCGCCCGCCCCGCAACCGCCGCCGCCGCCGCAGCAGCAGCAGCCGCCGCCGCCCCCGGCGCCGCAGCCCCCCCAGGCGCGGGGCGCCCAGGCCGCCGCCGCCGACGACGACAAGGGCCCUCAGCAGCUGCUGCUCCCGCCGCCGCCGCCGCCGCCGCCCCCGCCGGCCGCCGCCCUGGACGGAGCCAAAGCGGACGGGCUGGGCGGCAAGGGCGAGCCGGGCGGCGGGCCCGGGGAGCUGGCGCCCGUCGGGCCGGACGAGAAGGAGAAGGGCGCCGGCGGCGGGGGGGAGGAGAAGAAGGGGGCGGGCGAGGGCGGCAAGGACGGGGAGGGGGGCAAGGAGGGCGAGAAGAAGAACGGCAAGUACGAGAAGCCGCCGUUCAGCUACAACGCGCUCAUCAUGAUGGCCAUCCGGCAGAGCCCCGAGAAGCGGCUGACGCUCAACGGCAUCUACGAGUUCAUCAUGAAGAACUUCCCCUACUAUCGCGAGAACAAGCAGGGCUGGCAGAACUCCAUCCGCCACAACCUGUCCCUCAACAAGUGCUUCGUCAAGGUGCCGCGCCACUACGACGACCCGGGCAAGGGCAACUACUGGAUGCUGGACCCGUCGAGCGACGACGUGUUCAUCGGCGGCACGACGGGCAAGCUGCGGCGCCGCUCCACCACGUCGCGGGCCAAGCUGGCCUUCAAGCGCGGGGCGCGCCUCACCUCCACCGGCCUCACCUUCAUGGACCGCGCCGGCUCCCUCUACUGGCCCAUGUCGCCCUUCCUGUCCCUGCACCACCCCCGCGCCAGCAGCACUUUGAGUUACAAUGGCACCACGUCGGCCUAUCCCAGCCACCCCAUGCCCUACAGCUCCGUGUUGACUCAGAACUCGCUGGGCAACAACCACUCCUUCUCCACGGCCAACGGCCUGAGCGUGGACCGGCUGGUCAACGGGGAGAUCCCGUACGCCACGCACCACCUGACGGCCGCCGCGCUCGCCGCCUCGGUGCCCUGCGGCCUGUCGGUGCCCUGCUCCGGGACCUACUCCCUCAACCCCUGCUCGGUCAACCUGCUUGCGGGCCAGACCAGUUACUUUUUCCCCCACGUCCCGCACCCGUCAAUGACUUCGCAGAGCAGCACAUCCAUGAGCGCCCGGGCCGCGUCCUCCUCCACGUCGCCGCAGGCCCCCUCGACCCUGCCCUGUGAGUCUUUAAGACCCUCUUUGCCAAGUUUCACGACGGGACUGUCUGGAGGACUGUCUGAUUAUUUCACACAUCAAAAUCAGGGGUCUUCUUCCAACCCUUUAAUACAUUAACAUCCCUGGGACCAGACUGUAAGUGAACGUUUUACACACAUUUGCAUUGUAAAUGAU